UCAAUAUUAUGAUGAUAAUAAUAAUAAUAAUCACCAUAGCCUCCUCUCCCUCCUAUAUAUAGAGAACACAUUCCCACUAAUUUUCUCAUCCUUCACUACUAAACACAUACUACAAUAAUAACUUGUUUGAAUUGUAAUACUGAAAAAAUGGGUUCAAAAGUAGCAACACUCAUGCUAGGCCUCUUGGCCAUGGUUCUUCUUAUCUCCGCAGAGGUGGCUCAAGUUUCUUCUAAUAAAGGAACCAGACGAAGUUAAACCUCAAAACUAAACCAAUGUUGUUGCUAUGUUGCUAAAUGUUUUGCUUUUAACGUUGUUUCCUUAAUUUGCAUGAAUAAAUAAUCAAAGCUAGUGAUGAGAGGCUUUGAAAAAUAUGCAUGUAUCACUAUAUGUUUGUGUGAUAUUGUUAUAUAUAGAAAACAAAGUUGAAAUAUAAUAUAUAAAUGUGUUUUU